CGUAGACGACGCUCGAUCGUCGAUCAGUCGUCGCCGCGCUUUCGCGGGGAGUCCGUCGUGCCAGUCCGUAAAACCGCGUCACCGUUCUGUGUUUUCUUUUUUUUUUCUUUUUGUAAGAGGGUUUUUUUCCGACGAGUUUCCUUUUUUCUCCUCCACCCUCAUUCCCCCACCCAUCUCCCCUCGAACUCCCCCGCCGCACGCAUCCUCUUAUCAAAGAGAGACAUUAAUUAUUAACGAGAGUUACGAUUAUUGAUAACACGUAAUAACAUAUUAACAUAAACAACAAAGAAAUAAUAAUAAUAAGUUAGAUCUCGUCGUGUUAGCCUUGUUAAAUCGCAGGAUGAGGUGGAGGAUCAAGUACGAUAUUUCGAAUAUUAUCGUGUUACGCGUUCUGUGACGUUCCUCCCAUGUCCCAGUUCAAAGUUAUGAUCAAGGAGAUCAAAGUAAUAAGAUAAGAGAUCAUCAAACACACACAAACACACAUAGACACACACAUACAUAUAUAUAUAGAAAAAGUUACAUUUCUAUAUCGUCGACGGAAAAUGCCAAGGAUCGCACGGGAUACGAUAAUCUACGUCCACGUUUGGUGGAUCCAAAGAUCCCAUCCUGGCAAAUAACGUCAACACAAUUUGACACAAUCAUCGAAAGUCUUCUGAAGAAGCAGAAUGCACCAUACGGCGCCGUGGUAUUUACCUUGGGGCCUGAAGCUGGUGCCUCUACCAAUACCACCAGGACAUCCGGCAUCCGGUCUACCCAAUCCCGGAUUGCAUCUAUUGGCACCCUUACCCGGAAUUUAUGCUCCGGAACCACGAAAGAUCGAUUUGAAGCCCCUUCGGGAACCAACGAUACCACUGCCCGCUUCUAAAGUUACGGAAAAAAGAAAAGCCGAGGAGGCCGAUGCUAGCAAGGAUUUGAAAAAGGCGAAAUUGGAAACGAAAGCAUUGAAAGCGAAGAGGCCAGGAUUCACCGACGAACGUUACAAUGAGACCAGUUAUUACGUGGAAAACGGGCUUCGAAAGGUAUAUCCCUAUUACUUCACAUUUACAACGUUCACGAAAGGCCGAUGGGUCGGCGAGAAAAUCCUGGAGGUCUUUGCGAGGGAAUUCCGUGCCCAUCCUGCUGAGGAAUACGAGAGAUGUAUUCGUGCUGGUACGCUCACCGUCAAUUACCAAAGGGUGGACGUGGAUUAUAGAUUGCGACAUAAUGACCUUCUGGCUAACGUCGUUCAUAGACACGAGGUGCCUGUCACCUCGGAGCCGAUCACGGUGAUACACAUGGACGAGGACGUCGUCGUGGUCAACAAGCCCGCCUCCAUCCCUGUUCAUCCAUGUGGACGUUAUAGACACAACACUGUCGUCUUCAUUUUGGCUAAAGAGUACAACUUGAAGAAUCUUAGGACGAUCCACAGGCUGGACAGAUUGACAAGCGGAAUAUUACUUUUUGGUAGGACACCUAAAAAAGCAAGACAAAUGGAACACCAGAUUAGAAACAGACAGGUGCACAAGCAAUACGUGUGUCGAGUCGAAGGUGAAUUUCCAGAAGAAGAAGUGGUCUGUUCCGAACCGAUCGAGGUCGUGUCUUAUAAAAUAGGUGUUUGCAAGGUAUCGGAAAAGGGCAAGGACUGUAUAACGCGUUUCAAACGUUUGAGUUACAAUGGAAAAUCUUCGGUCGUACUUUGCAAACCGCAGACUGGUCGGAUGCAUCAAAUACGUGUACACCUGCAAUAUCUUGGUUAUCCAGUUGUUAACGAUCCUCUUUACAAUCACGUCGUGUUUGGACCACACAAGGGAAAGGGUGGUAACAUCGGUAAGACAGAUGAAGAAUUGGUCAGGGAUUUAAUUAGCAUACACAAUGCUGAAAAUUGGCUUGGUAUGGACGGAGAUUCGGAUAUGAGUAUGUUCAAGUCGAAACUCGACAUUGAGGAACGUGAUCUGGCUAACAUUGAUAAGAACGCUAACUCCUCACCGGAGGAAUCAUCUUCCACGGCUACAUUGUCGGAGGAGGAACGACCACCACCCCAACAAGAACUUAAAUCACUCAAAGUGACGGUUGGAACACAGACCGGUUCUGAACCACCCGAUCAAAGUUUCGCUAACGACAAAGUUACCGUGGAUCCACACUGUUACGAAUGCAAAGUCAAGUACAGAGAUCCUAAACCAUCGGAUUUGGUGAUGUACCUGCACGCGUGGCGUUAUUGCGGACCAGGAUGGGAAUACGAGACGCCACUUCCUGCGUGGGCAGCAAGCGAUUGGACGGCCGAUGAUCGAUAGUUUUAACAAAGAUUAUGGGAAUUCGCGAGUUUCUAUCCUGCGAUUUAUAAUAAUAAUAAUAAUAAUAAUAAUAAGAAUAAUAAUAAUCGACCAAUGAUUCCCGAUGAACAAACGAAUGAAAAAAGCAAACAAACAAACAAAGGAACGAACGAUCAUCGUGACGACCCUUUCAAACAAUUUUUUUGAUAUCCUUAACCCCGUGCCUUCCAUCCGCUAUAAUGAGCGAUCAUCAUCGUGACCAUCGUACGUGCUACGUCACUUUGUUGUCCGGAAAGUAACGAGACUAUUUUGCUGCAAUAUAUAUUCGAUAUAAUAUUUAUCGAUUAUAAAAAAGGAAAAUAAAGAAAAAUCACGCCAUUUUUCACUCCUCGACGGUCCAAAAGAAUGAAGAGAGAAUUUUUUAAAAAAUAAAAAAGUAAUAUUCAAAAUUAUUUCGCGAACAAAUAAUUUUUGAAAACAAAUGAAAAGAAGAAGAAGAAGAAAAAAACAACAACAACGACGACGACGGAUGUUUGUCGUUUUAAUUUUUUCUAUCUUUGCAAAAUAUUAUUAAUUAAUUAUAGCUUUCUUAUUAGCUCGACAAAUUUUGUCAAAAUACAUUUUACGUAAUGAAUGCUUGUUAGCUGGCAGAAGGUUAUAUAAGAAGAUUUAAAAAAAAAAGAAAAAAGGAAAAAAAAAAAAGAUAAGAAAAAAUGAAGACACACAAAGAUGGGGGGACGGCGAAAUUUUGAAACGACUCACUUUCUUUGCUUGUCGUAAGAAAAAUUAAAUAAAAAUAAAAAAACUAUACGAUCAGAGUAAUAUAUAUAUAUAAUAUAUAUAAUAUAUAAGACAAUCGAUUAGUUGAACUGUCGAGAAAUGAUAGAUGAGGUCGUAUUGACGGGAAUGUUUGAAUCGCGAUUACGUAGAGGAACACAUCACGGUCUCGUUAUUCUCUGAAUAAUUUUUUGGUACAUAGAGAAAAAGAAUAAAAAAAAUAAGAAAAAAUCCCCCUUUGUAACACGUUGUUGUACACGUCGUGUUCGCGAGAGAAAGAAUGAGAGAGAAAAUAAAAGAACACAAAAGAGAGAAAGGAAAGGUGGACAAUGAUCAAGAUUAAAAUCGUGGAUCGUGCUUGAAUUACAAAUUCGUAUUACAGACCACAAUCCUUGAACAAAAAUGAAACAUAUUUCAUAACUAAAAUGUCAGCAUGUUAAACGCACAAUUAUUAUUAUUAUUAUUAUUAUUUUCUGGGUUUUUUUUCUUCUUUUUUUUUUUCUUUCUUACAAAUUACGCAAAAAGAGAAUGAAAAACCAUUUUGUAUUUUUAUUGGACAUUUCGCGAAUUGGUUUCAGCCAUUUUGUUUCGACGUAAACUUAGGACGAUGAAAAUAGAGAGAGGAAGCGAACCGAAGAAAAUUGUUGUUCUUGGCUUCGAUAGAUAAAAUACACAGAAAUCGUUUUGCUUGCUGAGAGAAAGAGAAAAAGAAAGAGAAAUAAAAAAAGAAAUAGAGAGAGAGAGAGAAAGAGAGAGAGAGAGAGAGAGAGAGAGAAAUGUGGCAUGAGAGUUUGUUAUUCCAUAAAUUUCAUUUAGUAAGACUCUCUUUCUCUCUCUCUCUCUCUCUCUACAUAUAUAUUUCAUUCUAAUAAGAGUUAAAAAAAUAAAAGCGAGAAAUUCGCAGCCGAGGAAGUUUCGGAGUCACACGACUUCGAAUUUUAUCCAACGUUUUCGAUUCUGAUCCAUCUUAUUUCUCUUUCUCUAACUCUGAUGAUUUCGAAUAUUCGCAGGGGGGGUUUUCAAAAAGAUAUACGCGUUAAAAGAAUAAAGAAAGAGAAAGAGAACGAAUGAAAGAAAAACUGCUGCGAAAGAGAGAAUAGAAAAGAAUACAAGACAUCUAUUUUUAUGGCAGAUUUAUAUCCAGGAAAAUUAAAUAAUUAGCGUAGCUCUCAAGCGAUAGGGGGUCUCAAACAAUAAACGUGAUCAUGCCAAAGAGCAAGAAGCAUCGGCGAGCUUUUAAUCAUAUCGUAUACAUGUACCUUUCACUUGGCGACUUUGCGCAACAAACAAAAAAUUAAAAUAAAAGGAUACGUUUUGUCGAUACACCGAAAAAAAAAAAAAAAGAAAGAAAAAAAUAUUUGCGAGAUUACUUGCGAGUGUCGUCGUUAAAAAAUCGUACAA